AUGCAUAUAAUAACACGGCGAGCGGCGAUAAGCUUCGGUUCUCCACUCGUCAGCUCUCUGUACACCAGCAGGCUCAGCCACAACGCAUUCUCUACGAUGGCCGAUCGCUCAUCUGAACAAGUAGUAUUCAGCAAGCCGAAGGUUGAGCUGCAUGUGCACCUGGAUGGAGCCAUCAGGGUGCAGACCAUUAUGGAUGUUGCCAAUGGAGACCGAGAGGCCAUUAAAAGGAUAGCCCGUGAGUUUGUUGAAGACAAAGCCAAAGAAGGAGUGAUUUAUGUUGAAGUUAGAUACAGCCCACAUCUUCUCGCUAACACUGGAGUGAAGCCAAUUCCAUGGAACCAGAAAAAGGGCGACCUGAGCCCAGAUGACGUGGUGAGACUGGUUAACGAGGGCCUCCGCGAGGGGGAGAGAAAGUGCAAAAUCAAAGCCAGGUCCAUUCUAUGCUGCAUGCGCCACAUGCCAAGCUGGUCAAAGGAUGUUGUGAAGCUGUGUAAGAAAUAUAAGGAUGAGGGAGUGGUUGCCAUUGAUUUGGCAGGUGAUGAGUCUCUCAACUGUGAAGCCAAUCCUGACCACAAGAAGGCCUAUGAGGAAGCGGUACGCUGCGGGGUCCACAGGACAGUUCAUGCUGGCGAGGUGGGGCCGGCCUCUGUGGUGAAGGAGGCUGUGGAAGUGCUGAAAGCUGAACGUGUUGGACACGGUUACCGCACUCUGGAGGACAAGGACCUGUACAAAAAACUGCUGGCUCGAAACAUGCACUUUGAGACGUGUCCUAUUUCGAGUAAGCUAACAGGUGCCUGCAACCCAGACUUCACUAAACACCCCAUCAUCACGUUCAUGAAAGACAAAGCUAACUACUCUCUGAACACAGAUGACCCUCUGAUCUUUAACGCCAACCUGCAUCACGACUACCAGGCAGCACACCAACACAUGGGAUUCACCGAGGAGGAAUUCAAACGACUGAACAUUUGCGCUGCACAGUCAAGCUUUCUACCUGCCAAGGAAAAGGAAGAGCUGCUUAAAACACUCCGUGAGGCCUAUGGGAUGAUCCAGACCACUGCCUUUUAACCCGGACCAGCAAUUUUGAGGAGAAACCUACAGCAGGGACAAAUCACUCUGAGACCUUAAUCUUCCAUGUGAUGCAGUGGAACAUGUUUUUAGUCAUUUGUAACCCAACAAACAACAUACACAGAAUAUUACAUCAGAUAUGCUGUUUACCAAUGGGUAGCAUCCUUCAUCUUACAUACCUGUAUAUCAUCUGUUUGUGUAUUUAGCAACAUUGCAUCUGAUUACAAGGUGCAAGCACAAAAACCACAAAAAUCAGAAACUAUACAUCAGGGGUCCCCAAUCCCAGUCCUGGGUCAACACACCUGAAUCGCAUGACUAGUUCAUUACCAGGCCUCUGGAGAACUUCAAGACAUGUUGAGAAGGUAAUUUAAAUCAGCUUUCAUGGAUCAAGGCCACAUCGAACACCUGCAGGGACAUCGGCCCUUGUGGACUGGGAUUGGGGACCCCUGCUAUACAUAAUUUAAAUUUGGCUGUGCUUUUUUUUCUCUUCUUGCACAUCUCUAGAUCGCUUCCAGCACCACUGCUAUUUUUAUAUUGUUCCAUAGAAGGCCCAUUGUGUACGCUUGUGACUUUCACCACAGACCUCCAACUGAGAGAAAACAUCAGCUGUGAUGGCACACGUGGCAUUAAAGGCACAGAAGAUUUUUUUUAACACAAAAAACACAAAAUCUUCACUCAAAACCAGCCCUGGUUACCAGAAUUGGCUCCCUGUGGCUUCAUCUGCCUCGUAAAAUGAAAGUCUAAUUGAAGGUGUCUGGGCUAACUCUAACAUGACAGGGAGAGGAGGUCAUUCAUGGUGGAGCUACUCUUUUGCAUUGAACAGAUCUCACUGAGGUGGUUCAGGCAGAUUCAGGAAACACCAGAUUGUCUCUCAGUUGGCUUAGGAAAACACUGGAAGCUGUAGGAGGAGCAUAUACUGCAGUGGUAGGAAGACAAGUGGACAGAAUAAGAUGUCUAUGAAGGAAUCUAAAAACAGCAGCUGUGCUGGAAGUGGUAGAGAGAUGCAGAAGAAAGGAAGGAAGAAUACCCAAAUGUACAUAUGGGGUUUUUGCAUUUUUAUGGGCCGGAUCCCAGAUUUCUUUGUAAUCAUACUUAGUAUUUGCAUAGCUUUAAUGUGUUAGUUAUGGGUGCUUGUUUUGGACAUAGUCAGGAUCCCCUGCUGUGUCCAAAAAUAUAUCAUGAAACAUAUUGUGUUAUAUCAGAAUAUACAGGGUGAAUCAAAAAGAAUCAUCCGAUUUCAAUGUGCUUUAAUUCUGCAGCCGUUGACUCCAGACACGUUCGCAAAAGUGUGGGAGGAGUUUGACUCUCGUACAGACAUACGCCGUGUGGCCCGAGUACGACACAUUGAUCACUUGUGAACGUUUUGUAUGUAAAAUUUUAUAUUCAGCCAUAUAUUUUAAACUUUACUGCAAGCUUCUAUGUCCAUUGUUUAAAAGAAAGCCUUUUGAAAUCGGAUGAUUUUUUAAUACAUCCUGUAUUUAUCAUCUUGUGUUUACAUCCUUUUGUUGUAAGGAGAAUCAGGGAAGCAUUGAAUGCACAAUUACACUUCUAAGUAACAGGUUUAACACAUAACCAGACUGGAAAAGGAAAGAUAGGGGAGGUUAUUUGUGGUUCACACCUUAAACGUUCACGUUUUAAGAAAACCAUGACGUGAAGGAUAACUGAAAGCAGUGGAGGCUAAGAACUGCAAAAUAUAGUUCACUUUGAAUAUCCACUGUUCAGUUGCAGGUGAAGUAUCGUAAUCCAGUGUUAGAGACAUGUGCUUUUUCCCCUGUAUGUGCAAAACUGCAGGGCGCGUCAGGCGAACACAGCUCAAUACCAAAAGUUUAGUCUUACAUGUGUACACUAGGUGGCACACUACUGUUACCUAGAUAGACAACAUCUGACUAUGGUUUUGCAUUUGAUAAUUACUCUCUUUACUCUUGUUUGAUGUAUGUAUUUAUUAAAAAAAUAAAAAUAAAAAAAGCACUUCCAUUUAUAACCAACACAUUUAUGGAAUUUAUAAGAAAACAAAAUAAAAGCUACUAUAAAAUGUU